AUUUUAAAAUGUAGUUCAAAAUACUUUUUUUCAAAACCAACAUUCAAACAACAUUUAUAUUUCCCAUUUAGUUUUCAAUUUGAAACACUUUCCACUUUUAAGUGGCAAAAUAAAAUGUAAAUUGACGUCCAAACAAGCACUGUCUUUCAAGUUUCUCUCAUGUGAUGGACUUUAAGAAAUUUUACUUUUAAUAUAAUAAUCUGGUUGUGUAGAACCGUCAGGGUUAAUAUAGAACAAUAAAAUUAAUUUUCUGUCUCAAAAUAAUUUUCGAGUUUGAAUUUUUAUUUUUAUUAUAAUUUGUAGUGAAAUUAAAAUUUUAAAUAAAUUAUUGAAAAAUAGACAAUUAUUUCAGAACGGUAAGAGUAUCUAAUUUUCUCUCAUAGUUCUUUUUUGAUAAGUCACAACCGUUGUGACAUUAAAAUAAGAAAAGGUAGAUUCCUAGUCAUUUCCAUUAAAAAUUUUUAUUAAUUUUUUUCAUCAAAGAUUCAAAAUUAUGAACUACCCGGGAAAGAAAAAAAAAAAAAAACCCCUCAGUCUAUACAUGUACAAUGUAUCUUAUAAAAAAUAUUUAUUCCGUCCUAUAAUUAUUGUCUAAUUUAGAUUGUCAUAUCUAGUUCAAUUGUACUAAAAGUAAAGUAAAAUGUUAUACUUUGUGAAUUAAAAGGAAAAAGGAAAAGAGAAGCUUAUUUGUACCCCGAAAGAAAACAGGAAAAAAGAGUUUCUGAAUUAAUCCGAGUCGGAGGUCAAUAAUUCAAUAAAAUUAAAACAAUUUUUGAAACUCCCUCCCUUCCCUUCUUCCAUAGGGUUUAAGCAAAGGAAGCAAAACCCUAAAAGAGGCGGUUCAGCUGAGCCUUCUGAAAUUUGGGCAUUUUUUUUCUCUCACUAUCCCACUCCCACAAACGCCAUGAAUUACAGGUUCCAUAACCUUCUCGGAGCCCCAUACAGAGGCGGAAAUGCCGUCAUGGUGGAUGAUAAUCUGGUUUCGCCCGUCGGUAACCGGGUCUCCGUUACCGACCUCAAAAGGUCCGAAACCGUCACGCUCCCGUGCCAAACCUCCGCCAAUAUCCGCCGCCUCGCCGCCUCGCCGGAUGGCGUCUUUCUCCUCGCCAUCGACGACAACAACCGCUGCCUCUUCAUCAACCUGCGCCGCCGCGUGGUGCUCCACAGGAUCAGCUUCAAACACCCCGUCGCUACCGCCAAAUUCAGCCCCGACGGCAAGUUUAUCGCCGUUGCUGCUGGUAAGCUCCUCCAAAUAUGGCGCUCCCCUGGGUUUAGAAAGGAAUUUUUCCCGUUUGAGUUGAUUAGGACAUUUGCUGACUGUAAUGAUAAAAUUACUGCACUUGAAUGGAGCCCCGACUCCAAUUACAUUCUUGUUGGCUCCAAAGACUUGGCUGUUAGGUUGUUUUCCAUGAAGAAGCGGAAAGAUAACCGUAAAACAUUCAAGUUUCUGGGGCAUAGAGAUACAAUUGUUGGUUGUUUUUUUGGAAUUGAUCACAGAACAAAGAAAGUCACAAAUGUUUACACCGUGUCACGUGAUGGGGCACUUUUAAGGUGGGGCUACAGUGGGGAUUAUAAUAACAUUAUUGGAGACCAACUGCAUAAUUCAGAGCCAGAAUCUCCAGGCACUCCGGAUCAAGGAGUAGAACCCAAUGGAGAAGGUGACAUCACUCAGACCAUGCUCAAGAAAAGGAAGGAUUUUGAUGGCAAAGAUGAAAUUUUGGGUGAAGGAAAUGAAGUUUUGCUGGAUAACCUGAAAUGGGAAUUGUUAAAGAAGGAUUAUUUUAUGCAAGCACCAGCGAAGCUAACUGCUUGUGAUUAUCACCAGGGACGAGAUAUGCUGUUAGUGGCUUUCUCGAAUGGAGUUUUUGGGCUUUAUCAGCUGCCUAAUUUUGUGUGUUCACAAAUGUUAUCGAUAUCAAGGGAGAAGAUUACAACUGCCAUUUUUAAUGACCGUGGGGAUUGGUUGGUUUUUGGAUGUGCAAAACUUAGUCAGUUGUCUGUUUGGGCGUUUGAAUCUGAUACUUACAUCCUAAAGCAGCAGGGUCAUUACUUUGAUGUGAACUGCAUAGCAUAUUCACCUGAUUCACAGUUCUUGGCUACUGGGGCUGAUGAUCAUAAAGUCAAGGUAUGGAAUGUUUCAAUGGGCUUCUGUUUUUACACAUCUUCUGUCCACACCGAUGCAGUUACUGCCCUACAUUUCAUGGCUAACAACCACUGCCUUUUAAGUGCUUCCCUUGAUGGUACUGUUCGUGCAUUGGAUUUCUUUCGAUAUCGAAACUUCAGAACAUUCACAACCCCUACUUCUAAGCAGUUUGUAUCUUUAGCGGCUGAUCAGAGCGGUGAAGUUAUUUGUGCUGGAACUCUUGAUUCAUUUGAGAUUUAUGUUUGGUCGAUGAAGACAGGCAGGUUGCUUGAUGUUCUCAGUGGUCAUGAAGGUCCAGUUCAUGGGUUGAUGUUUUCCCCUACUACGGGCGUCUUAUCCUCCUCAUCAUGGGACAAAACUGUUCGCUUGUGGGAUGUUUUUGAGGGAAAAGGUGCAGUGGAGACAUUUGCGCAUACACAUGAUGUCCUCACUGUUGUCUAUCGGCCAGAUGGAAAACAGUUGGCAUGUAGUACUCUAGAUGGAUCCAUCCAUUUCUGGGAUCCAUUUGAAGGCCUACUAAUGCAUACAAUUGAGGGCCGUAGAGAUAUUGCAGGUGGGCGUCUAAUGACUGAUCGCAGAUCAGCUGCUAAUUCAACUAUUGGCAAGUAUUUUACCACCUUAUGCUAUUCUGCUGACGGGAGCUAUAUAUUGGCUGGUGGAAAUAGUAAAUACAUUUGUAUGUACGACAUUGCAGACCAGGUAUUACUACGCAGGUUCCAGAUAACCCACAAUCUUUCCUUAGACGGUGUGCUUGAUUUCUUAAACUCAAAGAAUAUGACUGAAGCUGGUCCAAUAGAUCUUAUCGAUGAUGAUAACAGUGAUGCAGAGGAAGGUGUUGAAAGGCAAACACAAGGAAAGUUGGCAUAUGAUCUGCCCGGUUCAAUGCCUAACCGUGGGAGGCCUGUUAUUCGAACAAAAUGUCUGAGGAUUGCCCCAACUGGUCGAACUUGGGCUGCUGCAACAACUGAAGGAGUUUUAAUUUACAGCAUGGAUGAUUCUUUUAUAUUUGAUCCCACAGACCUUGACAUAGAUGUUACACCUGAAGUAAGGACUCUGAAAUAUCACUGUUCUUUUGUGGUGAUAGAAGUAAUAGAUUCUUGUCUGUCCUCUGGCUUUUCUUUCUGAUGGUUUGCUUUGGUGAUGAUGUUCAGGCUGUCAAUGCUGCACUAGAUGAGAAUCAACCUAAACGGGCACUGAUACUCAGUUUGCGUUUGAAUGAAGAUGUCCUGAUUAAGAAGUGUGUCCUUUCCGUCAAUCCAGCCGAGAUAUCAUCCGUUGCCUCAUCUGUACCUUUCAUAUAUAUACAGAGGUUGUUUGAGACAUUGUCAGAUCUUUCAGAGAACUGCCCACACGUGGAGUUCAUUCUUCGGUGGUGUCAGGUGCAACUGCUAAACUGCAUUUUUCAUCGUUUCCCAGUAUCCUGCGUGAAAGGAUUUAGAAUAUGCUCAUUGAUGGAGCUUUGUGUUUAUCUUUUUGUUGUUUCUUAGGAGCUCUGCAAGGUCCAUGGUCCCUCUAUCCACCAGAAUAACAGAAAUUUGCUGCCUGCUCUCAAGUCCUUGCAGAAAGCAAUCACUAGACUACAUCAGGACUUGGCGGAUAUGUGCUCAUCGAAUGAAAACACACUUCGAUAUUUCUGUCUAGUGAGUAGCAAGAGAUGAUCUUGGGGGCUUUCAUUUGGCUGAUUGAAGCAAUGUAAGGCUAACUUGUGGAGUUUUGGACGCUUAGUAUAUGGGACACUUGGGAGAUAAUGGAAUAGUCUUUAAGAAGGGAAAUAGCUCAAUUGCUUUGUAUUGCAUACAGAAUGAUGUAGAAUGAUAAGCUCCUCUUUCACCUUUGGUCUAAUGAAAUGUGUUGUUCUGUAGCAAAGUACUUACAUUUACAUUAUUUGUUGACCAACAAAGGUUGUGCUGCAGCCUGAAUUUUGUACUUUCACUUGCAAUUCACUGUAGAAGCUGAUUGGAGGUAUAUUCUUGAAAGCAAUCAAAGGGUUCUUGUUUUAUUC